AUGACUCCUGCAACCACUUUCUUUGUCCUCAUAGAACUUUUCUUGACUAAUUCAAUAUCUGGCAGUAAUCGAAACUUAGAUGUUGUUAUUGUCGGUGCAGGUCCUGCUGGCAUUGCUGCAGCCAUUGACCUUAAAAAAGCUUCAACACCAGUGACAAUGACGAUAUUGGAAGCACGAGAUCGUGUGGGAGGACGAGUCUAUACCGAUACACGUACAUUCGGCAAUGGUGUGUCGGCUGAUAUUGGUGCCGAAUGGAUUCACGCUUACGGUGUAAAAAAUCCCCUAUAUAGUCUACAUCGACAACUGCAAACAAACGAAGAGAGACAAGGUGAUGACUAUUUUCAUUUCUUCGAACCUGAAGGGACUGGAUGCUACGAUACGACUGGUCUCAUUGUAUCACGUCAGACAUGUGUAAGAGCUCAAUAUAUCAUGGAUAAGUUAUUUUCACCAAAAUAUAAAGCCAGUAUAAGAAUUCGAGACGUAUCAGCUCGAGGAAUGAUUCAGCCUGAAUACGAAAAAAUAUCUGAAGUACAAAUAAAAAGACUUGUUGAAGCUAUGUUUAUCGGAAAAGAGCAAUAUGAAGCUGUCGAUCUUAAUCGACUAUCUGCUAGGCAAACAUUCUUCGAUGAUUCACCUGGUGAUGAUGAAGAAGAACAGGGUGAAGAUAUGGCUUUGCAAUAA